AUGCAUACCUCCACCCCCACCACCGUCACUCCGCCGCCGCCGCAGACGCUGCUCGAUUUGAUCAAUGGCGUGCUCUCCCUCCUCCUCGUCUCCUCCCUCUCCGUCCGUUCAUUCAUCGGCCGGUGGCAGGUUGUCCGGUCCAAGCUGAUUUCCCUCCAGUCAUCCCUCGCCUCCCUCUCCGAUUCCCCUCACUGGUCCCAAAAUCCUCUCCUCCAUACUCUCUUACCGAAUCUCCUCUCCACGCUCCAGCGACUCCACGCGCUCUCCGCCCAAUGCAACGACCUCUCCGCCUCCGCCUUCCCCGGCGGCAAGCUGCUCUUCCAGAGCGACCUCGACAUCGCUUCCUCCACGCUCUCCAGCCUCCUCCACGACCUCGAUUUGCUGCUCAGAUCCGGCGUCCUCCACCAGUCCAACGCCAUCGUUUUGUCCCAGCCGGGCCCGGGUUCGGAGAAGGAGGAGCUCGUGUUCUUCAUCAGAGAUCUCUUUACCAGGCUGCAAAUCGGCGGGGUGGAGUUCAAGAAGAAGGCGCUCGAAUCUCUGCUCGAGAUUCUCAGCGACGACGAGAAAUCCGCAGCUCUGGUGGCGAAUGAGGGCAACAUUGGAUACCUGAUCAGCCUGCUGGAUCUACACCACCAGCCGACGAUUCGAGACUGCGCCGUUUUGGCCGUGUCGAUCCUUGCGUCGUCGGCGAGCGACGAGUCGAGGAAGAUUGUGUUCGAGGAAGGUGGAUUGGGGCCUCUGUUGAGAGUUGUCGAAUCCAGUUCGAUGAUGUUGAAGGAGAAGGCGGCGGUUGCGGUGGAAGCCAUCACCGCCGAUGCGGACAACGGCUGGGCUGUUGGCGCCUACGGCGGCGUCGCGGUGCUGAUUGAGGCGUGCCGGUCGGGAUCUCUGGCUACGCAGGCACAUUCCGUCGGCGCCAUUCGGAACGUCGCCGCCGUGGACGACAUCAAGAUGGCUCUGGUUGAGGAAGGCGCCGUUCCUGUUCUGGUCAAUUUGUUGGUCUCCGGAACAGCGUCGGCGCAGGAGAAGGCGGCGCACUGUUUAUCGAUUCUCGCUGGUUCCGGCGAAUAUUUCCGGUCGCUAAUCAUCCAGGAAAGGGGAUUGCAGAGAUUGAUGCACUUGAUUCAAGAUUUGUCGAGCUCGGAAACGGUGGAGCACGUUCUGCGCGCUAUUACUUCUCUGGCGGCAUCGGAAUCGAUCUCAAGGAUCUUAUCAUCGUCGACAGCGUUCGUCGUCCGGCUGGGCGAACUAAUCCAGCACGGAAACCUAAAGCUGCAACAACUCUCGGCUUCUCUCCUAUCUCACAUAUGCCCCAGCGACGGGAACAAGCGAGCAAUCGGGAGCUGUAUGAGUUCGUUAGUGAAGCUAAUGGAGUCGCCGAAGCCGGCGGGACUCCAGGAAUCGGCCUCGGAUGCAUUGGUCUCUCUAUUAUCAGUCAAAACGAAUCGGAAGGAGCUGGUGAGGGACGAGAAGAGCGUGAUGAGAUUGGUACAAAUGUUGGAUCCGAAGUACGAGGCGGUGGCGAAGAAGUUUCCGAUGAUGGUGGUGACGGCGUUGUUGAGCGGAGGCAGCGGCGGGUGCCGGAAGAGACUCGUCGCUGCCGGAGCGUACCCGCAGUUGCAGCGGCUGACGGAGAUGGAAGUCGCCGGAGCCAAGAAGGCGUUGCAGAGACUCGCCGGGAAUAGACUCAAGAGUAUCUUCUCCAGGACGUGGAGGGAGUAA